AACUCGAUGUGCGUUCUUGUUCCCGUUGGCGCCAUUUUGGUUUUGGUUCUCUCCUGAAAGCUUCUUCUGUGAGCUAAAUUGCUUUACGCUAAAUCUAUUGGAAAUGGGUGAGAAAGAUCCAGGUUUCGACGAUGCUGUCGAAGAAAGAGUUAUUAACGAAGAGUAUAAAAUAUGGAAGAAAAAUACGCCGUUUUUAUAUGAUCUGGUCAUGACCCACGCUCUGGAAUGGCCGAGUCUCACUGCCCAGUGGUUACCUGACAUAGCCAGACCUGAUGGGAAAGAUUUUACUUUACAUAGAUUAAUCCUUGGAACUCAUACAUCUGAUGAACAAAAUCAUUUGCUAAUAGCAAGCGUUCAAUUGCCCAAUGAUAAUGCGCAAUUCGAUUCCUCGCAAUAUGAAAUGGAGAGGGGAGAAUUUGGAGGUUUUGGAUCAGUUAGUGGGAAAAUUGAAAUAGAGAUCAAAAUCAAUCACGACGGAGAAGUGAACAGAGCGAGAUACAUGCCGCAGAACCCUUGUGUAAUAGCAACAAAGACGCCUACUUGUGAUGUUUUAGUUUUUGAUUACACCAAACAUCCCAGUAAGCCUGAUCCAAGUGGAGAAUGUCAUCCAGAUCUUCGCUUGAAAGGUCAUCAGAAAGAAGGGUAUGGUCUCUCCUGGAAUCCUAAUUUGAAUGGGAACCUACUAAGUGCAUCUGAUGACCAUACUAUUUGUUUAUGGGAUAUAAAUGCUGCUCCAAAAGAGGGACGCUGUGUGGAUGCUCACACCAUAUUUCAUGGUCAUAAUUCGGUAGUGGAGGACGUAAGCUGGCAUUUAUUACACGAAAGCCUCUUUGGUUCAGUAGCAGAUGAUCAAAAGUUAAUGAUUUGGGAUACAAGAUCAAGUAAAACGGAAAAACCUUCUCAUGUUGUUGACGCUCAUACAGCGGAGGUAAAUUGUUUGUCAUUUAAUCCUUAUAGCGAAUUUAUUCUGGCUACCGGAUCUGCUGACAAAACCGUUGCCUUGUGGGAUUUACGUAAUCUCAAAUUAAAAUUGCAUUCAUUUGAAAGCCACAAAGAUGAAAUUUUCCAAGUUCAAUGGUCCCCACAUAAUGAAACAAUACUUGCUUCGUCGGGUACGGACCGACGCUUGCACGUAUGGGAUCUUAGUAAAAUCGGUGAAGAACAGAGUCCUGAAGAUUCUGACGAUGGGCCUCCUGAAUUAUUAUUCAUACAUGGAGGUCACACAGCCAAAAUAUCUGACUUUUCUUGGAAUCCUAAUGAACCUUGGGUUGUUUGUUCGGUUAGCGAAGACAACAUUAUGCAAGUUUGGCAAAUGGCCGAAAAUAUUUACAACGACGAAGACCCGGAAACCCCACAAGAUUUAGAAGGAUCGUCUUCGUAG